GGCCCAACAAAUUUGAAGUGGAGGCGACGGACCCUGUAACUUUCCGAUCUGAUUCGGACUCUCUUCGUUCGGAGAUGGUUGACGUGAUCAAGUGUUGCUUCGACUCCAUCGCACAAAUAUCAGAUGACAUAAAAGGGGCUAUAAUAUACCUGGAUGCUGGGUCUACAGAGAGCUUUCAAUUGCUGGGAGCAUUUUCUUUGUUAUAUGAGCUUGGAGCUUAUGCCAUCUGCAGCCUGGAGAAGACUUCACCUCUUGAUAAGGUGGCUGAUUGGAGUUCAGAUGCGGGGUCUGACAAGAAGAUUGUCGUUAUCACAUCACGCCUUCUAUCUGAUGCCCAUAGAUACAUUUUACGUUGUCUCAGCACACUUCAAAAUGUGGAUCGGUGUGCCAUAUUUACAUCCAUUUCAGAGACCGCUCAUUCAGCAUAUCCUGAUUCACCUCUUGGUCCAGAUGCCUUCCGUGAAUAUGAAUCUUUGCUUGUUCUAGACUAUGAAGAGCAGCUCUUGAGAAGAUCUCAGACAAAAUGUGAACUUUCUGGGGAAAGUCUACCAAAUCAAAAUUUAGGUCCUACAGAUGAAGGGUCAUCACCACUUGCUUCCACUGCAGAACACAUGUCUCAGUUUGAUGGCAUUUCAAGUGUAAAGGAUCCAGAGGACACUGUUAUUGGCAAAUCAACGGUUCCAGGAAGGAAGUUGGAUGUUUCUGUGCGCCACUUCCCUUUGGUCUUGUGUCCUUUUUCACCUAAAUUCUUUGUCUUACCUUCUGAAGGAUCUGUUGCCGAAGCAUACCUGUCGACUGAACAAGAGAAUUCGAUAAGCCGUGGGUUGCCUCCAAUAAGCACCGGAAUACCUCUUGAUAGUGAUGACGUCCCUCCUGGAGCAGCUCUUACAGCUCAAUUUCUUUAUCACUUGGCAGCAAAGAUGGAUUUGAAAUUGGAGAUAUUUUCUCUUGGCGAUUUCUCGAAAACUGUUGGUAACCUUCUUACAGACAUGUCAAGCCUUUAUGAUGUUGGUCGCCGUAAAAGAUCAGCAGGGUUGUUAGUUAUUGACCGUACACUUGAUCUUCUUACCCCUUGCUGUCAUGGGGAUUCACUUGUGGAUCAAAUAUUUUCAUCUCUCCCUCGUAGGGAACGAACAUUGGCAUCAUUAGGCUCACAAAACCAACUGAAAUUUGGCCCUACUUAUUUACAGAGAGCUCCCUUAAGUGCUGUGAUACCACUUGAAAACUUUAUUCAGGAAGAAGAGAGUUCGACAAAAGAGAAAUCCAGGAUGUUGGAAUGCAUUGAAGCCUUUUUGAGCGGUUGGAAUGGAAAAAAGUCCUUCAAUAGUUCUGGCAGUGACUUUCUUUCUGGGUCCUUUGUCUCCACCGACAAUUAUCGAGGAACUCCAUAUCUGGAGGCCAUUAUAGACAAGAGAACAAAAGAUGGAACUUUACUAAUCAAGAAAUGGCUUCAAGAGUCUUUACGCCAGGAAAAGAUUUCUUUAAAUACAAAACUAAGUCCUGUUAAUAAUGAUUUGAAGUUAGAGCUAGGGGUAAUGAUUAAAGCAUUGACUAAAAGCCAAUCUUCAUUGAUGAAAAACAAGGGAAUUGUUUAUUUAGCAAUAGCGGCUUUAUAUGUUUUGGAUGAAUUGCAUAGUUCCAGAUGGAAUGCGUUUAACAGUGCUGAGAAGAUAUUGACAGUAAAUGCUGGAGAUACAAGCCAGAAUCUUGCUGCUCAAAUCAGUGAUCUUAUAAACAAAAGUGCUUUGGUGGGGGUACAAGAGACUACAACAAAGGGGCUGCUCACUCUUCAAGAUGCCCUUCUCCUUUCAGUCAAUGGGUAUAUAUUAGCUGGUGAGAAUUUCCCAACAUCUGGCACGAGUGGUCCUUUCUCUUGGCAAGACGAGCAUUCCAUUAAAGAAUCUAUUGUUGAUGCAAUUGUGGAAAACCCAGCAGUGGCUAAACUGAAGUUUCUCCAAGGCAUGUCAGAAGAAGUUGAUGUGGCCAACUCAAACGAUAGAAAACAAGAAGAGAAGGAUGAAAGCCCCAAUCAAGAGGGGACCAUUGAUUUUGAUGAGUGGGACAAUUGGGAGGAUGACGAUUUAGAAAAAGAUAAAGACAAAGCGAAUGCGUGUGGUGACAUGCAGCGAAAGUUAGAGUUGCGUCAUAGAGUGGAUAAUUUUUUCAAUUUUCUUCACAAACUGUGUAAAGUGAGGAGAAAUGUGAUGUUUAGAGAGUGGUCUAAAUACAGUGAUGAUCCAUACUCAAAGAAGGGGAUGCUUUAUAAAGUCCUGAGCAGGGUACUAGAGAAGCAGGAUGUACCUGGUUUAGAGUACCAUUCAACAACUGUUGGCCGGCUUUUUAAAAGUGGGCUUGGGAGAUUUGGCCUUGGACAGGCAAAACCAAGUCUUGCUGAUCAGAAUGUCAUCAUGGUUUUUGUCAUUGGGGGCAUCAACGGCGUUGAGGUACGCGAGGCGCAUGAGGCAUUAUCUGAAAGCAGCCGACCAGAUAUAGACUUGGUUCUUGGUGGAACUACUCUUCUAACCCCUAAUGACAUGUUUGAACUACUUCUUGGGGAGUCUGGCUACUUAUAAGCCUCACCUAAUUGUGAUGAAAGGCUAACAAACAAGACUUUUUCCCAGUUCAUCACAAACCAGACAUUUGUGCCACGGCUUCGUUUUCAAAAGGCCGUUGUGGGAGGGCAUAAAAAAGAAUGGAUGACAGUUAGUUACUCCCUAUGUGAUGUGAAGUUGUUUUUAUUUUUAUUGUUUUACUCUGUAAUUAUAGAAGAUAUAAAACUCUAUUUUAGAAAAAUGU